CUGCGAAUGCCGGCAAGAAAAUUAAUCUCGGGGUGUGCAAAUUUACUUUGACUUUUGAUCCACUAUCCGGUUCUCCAGCCUGGUUCCGCUCGGCCUCCAGCAACUCCGGGACUGCGAUGGUCGGCCCGCCCUCCAGCUCCUCGGCGGCCGGGAGUUGUUGCGCUGCUUUUCGCUCGGCCACCCACCACCGCCGCCGCCGCUCGGAUCUGCCGCCCGUUACCGAAGGAAUUCAUCCAGUCUACACAAUGAACAAAAUCAAGCGGACUGCCUUCAUACGAUCCUUUCGACGGCUACAUCCUCCAAAUCCUAAUUUUCAUUUCAACAUUCAAGCAGCUGCUGCCCUGGCUAUGGCCUCGGACGACGUGGUGCGCUUCCACUUUCCCAACCACGAGGUGUCGAUCCUGCAGCGGAUGAACCAGCUGCGGAUGGAGGAGCGGUUCUGCGACGUGACCAUCGUGGCAGAGCGGCUGCGGUUCCCGGGGCACCGGGUGGUCCUGGCUGCCUGCUCCCCGUUCCUGCGGGACCAAUUCCACAUGAACCCCUCCCGGGAGGUGGAGGUCUUCCCCAUGACCGGAGCGCAGACUGUGCAGCGCUUGCUGCUCUCCUGUUACACUGGCACGCUGGAGUUCCCCUUUGGCGACAUCCUCGACUACCUGACAGCGGCCAGCUGCCUGCAGAUGGAGCACGUGGUGGAGAAGUGCCGCCAGUCCCUCUCGCCGCGGAUCGGACCCCGCCUGCCGCCCGCACCGCCGGGCCCCAGCCCGGGUCUGGGAGGGGACGAGUCAGGCCCGGACCGGGACCGCGACCCAGACCAGGAGCGGCCGUGCACGCCGCAGAUCGCCAGCUCCUCUGAGCGCGACGGGCCAUGGGCCGAGGCGGGUGAGUCGGUGAAGCUGGAGCAGGAGCAGCAGCAGGAGCCACUGCCCAGGCCCAGGCCACGGCCCCGACCGCCUGCUGCCUCCUUUGGCCAGGCCGAUGACCUGCGCAUCCGCAAGGUGGAGUCGCUGGCCGACUGCAUGGCGCCCGGGUCAGGAGAGGGCCCGGAGCCUGACCAGCGCAUCCACUCAACAGUGGGCGGAGGAGGAGCAGGGAGCGGCAGCGGGAGCCACGACUACCCAGAGACUGGCGGCGCGCCCUACGACAUGUCCGAGGUCCUCAUCUCGGACGACUUCCCCGAGGAGGACUACGAGAGCUCGGCCAGCGAGGACUGCCGCAGCGGCUUCUACAGGGGCCCCGAGGACCCAGCCUCACACCCGCUGCGGCCCGAUGGCCCCGAGGGCCCCGGGGCCGAGCCCGUCCGCUGCUCCGAGUGCGCGGCUGUCUUCGAGCAGCGGGAGCACCUGGCCGCCCACAUGGUGACACACCGGCUCUACAUGUGCCUGCUCUGUGGCAAGGUCUUCAAGAAGAACGCGCGCUUGGCGCAGCACAUCAACGUUCACACCGGCUUCAAGCCGUACUGCUGCGCCGUCUGCGGCCGCACUUUCACGCAGAAGCGCUCGCUAAAGGACCACAUGAACGUGCACAACGGCGACGCGCCCCACUGCUGCAACUACUGUGACAUGCGUUUCACCCACUACAGCACCCUGCGCGUCCACCUGCGCGACCAGCACGGCAAGACCACCACCCGUAACCUGGAGAACCGGCCGGCUGAGAUCAGCAUGGUGUUGCCUUAGAGCUGAGCUCCCUCCCCCAUCCAAAAUCCCUCAGCCCCUUCCCAGCUUACAACCACUCCCUUCACCUCCCUCCUCACCCUGAACCCUCAUACUCCUCCGUUAACCUUGUGCACACUCCAUUAGCUUCACAACUGUACUGCUCACAGUUGACCCCUCCCCUACCCUUCUCCUGUGUCCUCCUCUUUCCCUCUUUUGCCUCAAUGUACUUAAUCUCAUUCCCACCCUCUAAGACCCCUCCUUCCUCGCCCAUUCUUUACCCUCUCCCUGCCUCCUUCCCUCACCCUCUCCCCUGCUCCCUUCCCUCACCCUCUCCCCGCCCCUUCCCUUACCCUUCCCUUACCCUCUCCCUUCCCCCUUCCCUCACCCUCUCCCCACCCACUUCCCUCACCCUCUCCCUGCACCCUUCCCUCACCCUCUUUCCCGCACCCUCUCCCGGCCCCCUUUCUCACACUUCCCUCACCCUCUCCUCGUCACUUACCUCACCGACUCCCCGCCUCCGUCCCUGACCCUCUCCCCCACCCCCUUCCCUCAACCUCUCCCACCACUCAUCCCCUAACCCUCUCCUGAUGGCCGUCGUUUGGAUUCUGUACUCUGUUGGCCUGGCUGGAGGUGGGGCUCCGGUUGUUAUUUUGGUCUGCCGAUGGGCAGGAUUUGCAUCGAUCUGUAAUCUAUAUUUUUAUUCUUAGAGAAAAAGAAAUAAUAAUUUGAGAUUUUAAAUGGAAGGUUUCUGACCAGCAUUAUUUAAAAACUCUUUGCAGUAAGGGCAAUUUGCUUGGGGGAGUGUGCUUUUUUGGGGAGGUCUAGUGCUCUGUUUGGAGGGAUUGUGUU